CACCAGGAUGAAGCCCACGGAUCAUUUUUUCAAGUAUCUUGCAACGAUUUACCUCGCUACUUCGUGGAUCGGUUGCCAGGCUUAUCCCGAACACGAUCGAUCGAUCAUUACCAAACGCGAAACCUCGGAAGCCGAUACUCAAGUCACCAAAGAACUUUGUGAAAACGUUCCUCGGGAAUCGGAUACUACCCAUCAAGUGGCUACUGAGAAACCAAAAGACGAUGUAGAAGCCGGAGAAAUAUUGAACGACAAGACACCAACGAUCCAGGUAUUGGAGAGACCCGCUCGGGAUUCAGGACACUUCCAGCAUCGUUCGAGUAUGAAACGAAACGACGAUGAUUCGACAAUGAGAAAAUCAAAUGGUCUACUUUCACCGGAUUCCGAAGGUCCUUUGGUGGGUUCGAGGGCGCAUCAUAAGACCGCAGCAAUCAGUGAAAUGUACGAGCAGCCAGAGCAGCGAAACUUUCACAAUGAUUUGACUCGGUUCAUCCAGACGAUUCUCGAUGAUGUGAACACAUUGAUGGAUUUGGCUGCGACGAUAUUCGAGAGAUUGAAGAUUUCUCUGAUCGAGGAGUCGAGGAACGAUUGUAACAGUUGCUUGUCGUUGCUGAAUGCGAAUGCGGACGACUACGAAAGGACGGAGUCGCUGAUCUCCAAAUUUUUGGUCCGAGGACCGGAGACCGUGGACCGCUGGGUGAAGGAACCGUCUCAUCGUUGGCACGGAAUGAACGAUCUUAUGAGACAGGAAAACAUGAAUCGCAAUAUCGUGGCUUGCGUCAGCCGGGUGAAACGGAGGUUGUUCAAAUUGUUGGCUCUCGUCCGGGAGUGCGCGAAUCUUCACGAGGACAUGAAUACCCCAGCGGUGGUGGAUGCGAUUAAAGAUUUCGUAUCGGAGUUUGACGCCGGCAAAUUCGAAAUUCUGGAUGAUAUAACGAAGCACAGAUCAGGAUACUCUCCCAGAGGGUCCACGAUCAAGGACGCGUCGUCCGGAGCUUCGUCAUCGCGGCUCUCGGCGAGGAAUUAUCGAGCGGCUCCUGGAGCGGGGAACAAAAGAUCUUACCGGGUUUACGACAACGAAGACGUCGCGGACGUUUCGGGAAAGGUGACAGAAGAAAUAAAAGCGUUCGGGUCUCUCCUCGAUUUUUUGCGAGGCGUGCCGGCAGCGCUUUCGGAAAUUCUCCAGUUGAUUAACUCCGGGUGCACAUCGAGAGCACUGGGAAACGGAAAUAAGCAUAAUAAGCCGGCUUCCUCGAUGUACAACCGGAACGGAAACCAUCGCAACUCGUACGCGACAGCAGCAGCGCAUUCCCCGUCCGGAUUCAUCGUCGGCAAUCCAAGAAGCGACGAUUCCUCCGGCCCUAGCGCUGCCUCGUCCUCGGCCCCGGGCCACGACGCUCGCCGGCAACAACACUUUAAAACUUCCUUCAACAAAAACUCAGAAUCAUCGACCACCGAUGACUAUUCCGAUGACGGCUGGUCCGAGAAUUCGAUUCAGAGUUCCGAACCCGUCCUCGGCCAGGCACGGAACGGCGCGUCGAAUACCGCUGCUGCGAAAAAUCCCGCAUUCACGGGCUUCGACAAACCCGGGAAUACACCUUCGGAGAAUCAAGACCCAAUUUUGGGUAAAAGCCAUCGCAGACCUUUCGCCUCGCGACUCUAUGACGGCUCGACAACCUCGACAGGAUCUGCGCCCGGUUUUUCUCCUGGAAGCGUCAUUUUACCGGGUUUCCUUUCGCACCCUUUUCCUCAAUGUCACUACAUCAACACGAUCAAGUUCGAAGGACCCGUUAAUUCUUACGGGUUUCCGUACCCGAGCCAACAAUUUUCCGGACUUCCGAAUUUAUUUUUCGGUCCCUCGACCAUGAGCUCGAACGAUUUCAAUGACGAGGGCAUCAGCGCCCUCGAUCUUCCAUCCCUCAAUGAGGCCGAUCGCUUUGGAAUCUCUCGCGAAUUCAUCCUCAAGGUACCCAUAGAUCAGGGUCUCAUGCUCCUCGGUUCCGACCCCAUCGAGUUCGGGGAUUACAUCGCCCUCGACAUGGGCAAGUGCACUCUCGUCUCUAAAUUCAAAGAAGCCACGGAGACGAUGGACUUCCAAUUGUUGGGCUCGCCUCUCGUCUUUUUCAAAUCAAACGAUCGCUCGAUCGGCUCCGUAUGGGAAAUCUCCUUCGAACAUUUCGCCGAUGUAGUUGGAAGCAGGACGUGCAAUGUGCUACGAAAAAAGUGCGAUAAGAUUUCCCACCUCUCUGCCUUUAAUGACCGAACGAAUUACAAAAGAUCAACGCCGAUGCGGGAUUAGGACUCUUGUAUUUCCUACGGAAAAUAAUUAUCUCCAACUUUUAUUGUAAUCGCGUCAUCUUUAUUUAAAACAAAUGCAUCAAAAUCUAUUUAAGGAAGUUCAUUUAGCAAUCGAAUCAGCGGAUUUCGAUUAAAAAAUCCGAAUACAGUGAUGAAUGAUCAGAAAAUUUCCUGUCAAAAUUUCAAGGCCCGAGGAUACUUUGUUCAUGGGAAUAAAAUUAAAACGGAUUCUCCAAAUGACUCGAAAGAAUUAUUACGGGUUUUCCCGUCUUUAUAUGUGAAAUUUGCAAGCAUUGACAAACAGUUCCUGCAGAAGCUUGUACUUGUAAUAUGUGAAGAAUACUUAUAAAGUUCGUAAUUCAUGAUUUUUUCUCGGAAAAAUGAUGAUUUUUGGGAGGUUCACCCAUACGUUACUUUCACGAUGGCAACGUUGCAACCGCUCGCUUUUUGGAACCGAAGACGACGUUUUCCGAUCCACGCAACUCGCACCAGGAACUUGCAAUAAAAUAUGAAGGACGGGUGAGAAAAUAUUGGUGUAAUUGAGAAAAACUUAUUUUUUUAGACGUUUCUGGCAUGUUUUAACGAUGCCAAACGUUUGAACGCGUGAAUAAUUAUUUAAGAGUCAUAUUCUACAUCGUCGUUUCUGUUAUCGACCGUUUAUCGUGAGAUUUAUUAUUUCUGAAAACUGUACGAAACGUUUUGCCAGAGACUCGUCAUCGCGUCGCGAUCGCUCUCCCAAUCGCGGUCUUGCUAAAGUUUUUGAAAUUAUUUUGUCCACGUGAAAAAGGCGUACAACUGGGUCACAGGAGAGAAUGGAGCGAAGCAAAAAAUCAGCUGAUUUAAGCACAUUUCUCAAGCUACUUUCCACUCGCGAUUCAUACGAUUAAUUUGAGGCUCUUUUUCGCCUGAUUUUUUGAUUGAAUCGUUUCAAUCAAAUACGAGCUUCAGCGGGGUGCUCUACCACAACCCCGAGGCCUCCUCCGAGUGUCUUUCUUAUUCUGAAAACAAAAAUAUUCGAAUUCGUCACAAAAAGAAAAUGGUGAUUCUGCGCGGUCGACUCAUCUUCUGCCUGCUGUUCGUGCUGACCAUCAUUUUCGAAUAUGGAAUGGUGCACAGUUUGGGAAUCGUUGAUUCGAACGAAUCGAUCGAAAUACCGACGCGAAAAAGGGACGGAAAACAACGAAGUUCAAGAAGUUCUGUUCAGUGGCCCCAGCACAGACCGAUUUUGGAACUUGUUCUUGGGAUUCUCGAUACUUUUCACUCGUCAACGAAAGCAGAAUUGGAAAGAGCGAGGUCGAGCCAGGGAGGGAACGACGAUCACGAGGAUAAUCGGAUCGAUAUUUCGUAAUCGACGAGUGCGAAGAUCAUUCAACUCCAGCAUUCAAAGGUGUGCAUCGAUACGGAGUGCUGAAGAAAUCGUGCAUGGAUACAAUUUGCCAAUUUUCCAUUUCACUCAUUCGUCUUAAAUAUCGAUUGAUUGUUCGAUCGUUGCACUGCGAGAUAACUGUAACGAGGAAUGUGCAAAUCUGUCGAGGAAUAUGUGCGAACGUUCGACGAUUCAUUUCUAAUCAUUUUAAUUUAAAAUAAAUUAUCAA